AUGGAUAAGGACAGUGAGACAGUGUUAAGGUUAGGUAGGAGUGACAAAUGUGUUCAAGAACCUCAGAUUAUUUGCUCUUCUGAGCCAGUACAAGCAGUAUACAGUGAACAUGUCCUCCUGCAGUGCUACCUUAAGCCCCCACUGAACGCAGCAUCUGAGACAGUAAAGUGGACUCGUGGGAAUGACGUUGUAAUCCUUUGUCAAAAUGGAAAAUAUAAUCCUGGAGCACAGAGAGAGCAUUUUGAAGCACGGACUGCUCUCUCCCAUGAGGCGUUAACCAAAGGAAAUCUGUCACUGAUGCUGACCUCACUAAAACUCACUGACACCGGGAGAUACAAAUGCUCCUUUAUCACUGAUAAUGUGGAGAAAAGUUGCUAUGUUAACCUCACUGUUGGAGAGUCUGAUGUGAUUGGCUCAGAUGAACCAGUGAAAGCAAAUGUCGGUGAGGACGUCAUUCUGCCGUGUCACCUGGAGCCCCCAUUUAAUGUGUCGACUCUCACAGUGGAGUGGAAACGCAAUAAAACUUAUGUGCAUGUUUAUCGAAGUAUGAAACAUGAUCCAAAUCAGCAGAACAGUCACUUUAUAAACAGAACAUAUCUCUUCUGUGACGAAAUCGGGAAAGGCAACAUUUCCUUAUUGCUGAGAAAUGUGAGCAAAGAAGAUGAAGGGGUGUACAUCUGCUAUGUUCCCAAACUUCAUAGUCAAGUCAGAAAGGGGAAAAUUACUCUAAAAGUUGAUGCAGCAAAACAUGAUACAAAACAGUUUAAUGGAUCAAGUCGGGUAUCAGACACCACCUCUCUAGGGACAUGUCAGGCCGUCCAAGGUAUGGAGGCCUAUCUCCCCCCAACACUCCCCCUGCCAGUGGCUGACGCCCUCAGACAUCGCUCGGUCGGGCCCCUUCGGUGGGGUGGGGUGCCCUCGACCUCUGGGCCUGGGGCUCGGUCCACUCUGGCACAGCUGGCUGUCGGCAGAGCUCACGAGCACGUCACUACAACCCCUUCUGGCUUCUGCUCCGCGGCUGCUGAGUAA